AACGUCACUAAAAUGCAGUACGAUUCGACGAAUAUUUUAGGAAGUGGUAGAUACGGUUUCGUGUUUCUUGGUACAUUCAAAGGCCAAAAAGUUGCAAUCAAACGGAUUCAGCUGAUUGGUGAACAAGUCAGCCCAGACAACGAGCUUAAAGCCCUUCAACAAUUAGACCAUCCAAAUGUUCUCAAACUCCUUCAUUUCGAAAGAGAUGAACAUUUUAAAUAUUUAGUUUUGGAAUUUUGCGACGCAUCAUUGGACAAGCUGUUCUUAAAAUCGGACGAUCAUAGGAAAUAUAAAGGACCUAUACCACUCCCUAUCAAAAUGUUCCUACAUUUAGCGACAGGCCUUGCCUAUACACAUUUGCGGAAUUUAAUUCACCGAGAUAUUAAACCGGCAAACAUUUUGAUUUCCGUGAAAACGACUGACCAAGGCGAACAAGCCACGUUGAAGUGGGGUGGUUUUGGAUUGUGCCGACCCGUGAAUGAACGAAGAAGAUUCACAAUGAGUGGAAUCAAGGGAACUCGAUUUUGGUUAGCUCCUGAGUUGUACGAAAUUCUGGAUAACCACGUCUUGGACGGACAACUGGGCACAGUCAAAAGCGAUGUUUUCGCAGAAGGCCUCGUCUUCGGUUACAUUCUCUUGAAUGGAAACCACGUCUAUGGUCCAGACGAUGAAAUUGUGACAAACAUCAAACAGAAUAUACCGAUUAAUAUGGAGAAAAUUCAUAGUUUGCAUUGGGCACGCAGUUUGUUAACAAAAAUGUUGACCACCACCCCUGCUGAGAGAAUCGCAUCAGGAGAUGUCGUUACUGAACUUAAAUCCAUUCAAACGAAACUUGCCGAUGCAGAAAACAAAUUGCUUCAGCUAUUGGCCGACACCAGUGAAAAAUCAAACUUUUGGGAAACGAUCAAUUCUUUAGGUCAGCGCGGUAUCGAUGUGACAUCAAAAGACAAAAAAGGAUGGAACGCUCUACAUUGGAUCUGUGCCAAAAGCUCAGGUCGAAACUUGAUGGAAGUAAUCGAGUUGUUGAUACAACACGGAAUCGACACAAACGCAAAGAGCAACGAAGGACAGAGCGCAUUACACGUUUUGUGCGCAAACAAUUCAAGCCCCCAUUUAACUAAUGCAAUAGAAUUCCUAAUCCAAAUCGGAAUGGACGGGAAUGCAGAAGAUGAUAACGGCUUGAACGUACUCCACACUUUAUGUGCAUACAAUUCGAGCUCAACGGUAAUAGACGCAAUCGACAAGUUGAUCGAACACGGAAUCGACGUGAACGUAAGGGAUGACGACGGAUUAAACGCACUCCAUGCUCUCUGCAGAAACAAUUCAUCCUCAAACUUAAUUGGCGCAAUGGAAAAGUUAACCCAACUCGGAAUCGACGUGAACGCAAACGAUGACAACGGAAUUACCGCACUGCAUUCCCUGUGCAAAUUUAAUUCAUCCUCAAAUUUGAUUGGCGCUAUCGAAAAGUUAAUCCAACUCGGAAUCGACGUGAACGCAAAGGAUGACCGCGGAGUAAACGCACUCCAUUUCCUGUGCACAUACAAUCCAUCUUCAAAUAUAAUAGACGCAAUCGAAAAGUUAAUCAAAUUCGGAAUCGACGUGAACGCAAAAGAUGACGACGGAUUUAACGCACUUCAUUUCCUUUGCACAAAUGAUUCAUCCUCAUAUUUCAAUGGCGCAAUGGGAAAGUUAAUCGAACUCGGAAUCGACGUGAACGCAAAAUGCAGCGGCGGAUUAAACGCACUCCAGUUCCAAUGCACGUACAACUCAUCCUCAAAUUUAAUUAGUGCAAUCAAAAAGUUAAGCCAACAUGGAAUCGACGUGAACGCAAAGAAUGACGAUGGAGAAAACGCACUACAUGCUCUCUGCAGAAACAAUUCAGGCCCAAAUUUAAUUAAAGCCAUCAAACUAUUGAUCCACCUUGGAAUUGAUAGACAAGCAAAGAACAAAAACGGAUGCAAUGCGCUCCAUUUUCUGUGCAGAUUUAAUCCCAGUGAAAACCUAUUCGAUGCGGUCAAACUUUUAAUUCAACUAGGAAUUGAGAUUAAAUCCAACGGUUAUGACGCGCAGAUUCUUUUACGCAAUAAUUACAAAAAAGACAACUUGGACGAAAUCAUAAGAUUAUUUGACAAGACAGACUCUGCCGGUAGUUAAUAAACAAAAACGAUGUUGAAAUCCAUAGCUUUGAACCUAAG